AUGGCCGCUCGGUCGACGUUGCUGCUCAACGUGGGCGGCACCGUCAUGGCAUUCCCGCGCGAUGCGCUGCGUCGGGAAGGCCUCUGGCACACCUGUCUGGCGGUGCUGCUGAGCCGGUUCGAUGGCUGGAUGCUCAAAGACCCCAACGGGAUUCACUUCAUUGACGCAGAGCCCUGCUACUUCAUCUGGUGGGUGGGGGAGGGAAGGCACGAACGUUCAAUUCACAGACCGUUCUGUCGUCUGUCCUCGUGUGUGUGUGUGUGUGUGUGGUUUCAGGUUGGCCGCGAAGCUUGGGGACCUGACGGGCAACCACACCGACCUGAGUGACAUCUGUGAGGGCUCCCCGGCAGUGGCCUUCUACCACGACCUAUUCUUCGCCACGACUGCCCUGACCGUCGAUGCGCAGCACGGCGAUGGCGACAGUGACGGUUUUCGGGGGUUCAUGGCCACCAUGGGCCCCUUCAUCAGCUCAUCGGCGGGCGGGACGGGCCACACCGUCUGUGCGGGUGGGAGUGGUGUGGCCACCACCGACGCCACACUGGACGCCUCCCAAACGCUACACAACCGAUUCACCAAGUGGGAAGGAACACAGGCAGGAAGAUAUAGGGUGCCGCAUUGUAGGUCUGCUGUGUGUGGCGCGUCCAGGUAUGCUGGGCCCGUCGUUGAUGUCUCCGCAGACACCUUCCGCAAGUAAGGAGCAUGAGCACAGCAGCCGGCAGCAGAGCUGUCACACUUUGUGCGGUGUGGUGUGGUGUGGUGUGGUGCGGUGCGGCUAGGGUUGUGGAAUACGUCCGUUGCAUUCGGUUCGCCCCCGACGCGGCCACGCCCUUGUCGGCGAGCGGCUCAUUUGACGAGUUGCUGUAUGCGUGUGAGAUGUACGGCCUGAUGGAGCGGGUAUUCCUCUCGAUGAUCGGCAAAUCACACAGCCACGUCAAAUGCUUAUUCAGGUGGGUGAGGGGCACCAUACGCAGUACGCCGGCGGGGGAUGGUGUAUGUGUGUGUUUGUGUCAGGAGUUCGCAUGACGGCUGGGAGUAUGCGACACUGUUGGAGGGGACGAGAGGUGCGCAAAGCGGCCUGCUGUUCGUCAUUGAGGAUGAACAUCAGCACACCCUCGCGUGUCACGUUGACGGGCCCCUCAUCGCCCCAACCGACCCAACACAAGAGCAGUCAAGAACCAGGACGGUGUGCCGAGGGGCAACGUGUGCACUGCUGGUGGCUGGCUGUGGCUGGGGGUGGGGACGGAUGAUGGACCGGCUGGCGACAUUCGCCGCUGCGAUCAAUGGCUGAAGAGGCACGAGCUGCCGGCCGACAAGACGUAUCGCGGCAAGUUCCACGACAACGGAAACGCGACAUUGGCG